AUGGAUACAUUAACAGUAGGAAUAAUAAGUUUUAUUUUGACAUUCAAUGUAUUAUCCGUAUCCAGUAAUACCGAUAUGAUGGACAAGCGCAGGCCGGGUUGGGGAAAACGAGAUGUUCAAUCGGACGAAAACACACUUGAAGAGUUCGAUGAACCGGACAAACGUCGGCCAGGCUGGGGUAAACGAGAUUCUACAGAUUUAUUAGACAGUUCUUUAGAAAAACGUCGCCCUGGAUGGGGCAAACGUAGUGACAUUCUGGACCGGAUCUCAAUGCUGAAAAGGAGACCCGGUUGGGGAAAGAGAACGCUAUCGGACAUUUCUGAUUUAUACAAAAGGAGACCUGGCUGGGGCAAAAGGGAUUCCGAAGCACUUGACAUGGAGAUACGGGCACCAGGCUGGGGUAAAAGGAACUUUAUUGAUGACGGAGAAUAUUCCGUAUAUGACAAAAGGCGACCAGGAUGGGGAAAACGUUCGGACAAUAUUGAAGUAGAAACACGGAGGCCUGGAUGGGGAAAAAGAGCACCCGGAUGGGGAAAACGGUCAAUGGAUGUCUGUCAGUCUAUGAAGGAAAAAGCUGAAUAUUUAAUAAGCUCUGCUAUUGAGGUAAGUUCAUAUCACUUAUCUUAUUUGCAUCUAAGACUUGAUAGAAACUGGUGA